AUGGACAUGUAUGAGUACCACCCCGGAAUAACAGUGGUCAAUUCCUCUUACGGAUACAACGAUCCUCAGCUUAUUCGUCAACGAAGUGAUAAACCAGCUGAUGAGAAGAAAGAGAGCAUCUGCCCGAUGCCGCGAUGUAGACCAGCAAGGUCGUCAGCAUGGAAGUUUUGGGCGGUGGCACUGAGUCUGAUCAUCGUCCUCUGCUUCAUUGGAAUUGCUCUGUGGGUGGCAUGGACGCGUUCCAACUCGAACGUUGUGAAAACUGACGAAGGACCACAGGGACCUGAGCUGCCGCCUGCUAUCUGCUACAAAUGCAACAACUAUGCCCACAUCAUGGACGGCCGCGAGCUCAACUCAAACAUAGACGUGGAGCACAGUAAGGGCGGUGCGGCCGAGGUGGGAGGAGCCCUAGGCGUUGCAGUAGAUGUGGAUGAUCCGAGGCAGGAGCUCUGCCAGGAAUUCGUCAACAGAACCGCUUUGGCCGAGACGCAAUCCCCCGCAGAUGAUGACUGUGGUGACAGCCUGUACAACGGGUGCUUCAAAAUGGUCACCAAGAGCUAUCGACUUACUUCCAAUGUUGGACGUGAGCAACUGAGUGUCACAAUUGUCACGCGAAAUUGUGUCGAAAUACCACGCAGCAUUCCACUAGGCUGUUAUAAAACCUUUGGUGGAGCAGGAAUGGAAAGAGAGACCUGCUAUUGCAAAGGAAAUUAUUGUAAUGCAGGAAUGAUUAGCCGCCACUCAACCCUACUGGGAUCAGCAAUUCUCUUGAUUACUGCCUACCUAAUUUAA